CUAAAUCUAGUUCAAUUAACCUAAAACGGAUGGUGGUUAACAUUAACAGGAACCAAAUGAUGAUAAUCGGAAAAUGAUAUUAUUAAGCAAUUAUAGGACAUUUUGUCCCACAGUCCUCAAUAAUCGAUCGAUGAAAUAUUCAGAAAUUUUAUGUUUUUGUUUUUAUAAUUUAGUGUACGAAUUACAACAGUUUUAUUCAAUCGAUAAAGAUUAACAACGUAUAAUUGUCUUUGUGUUUUUAAUUAAUUUAAAAUAAAAAUACUUAGCUUAUGGAUCAAAAAACAUUUUUCUUUUGUAUAUUAUUUCUAAGCUGUUAUUGCUAUUCAGUUCAAGAGACUCCACCGUACGAAAAUGAUCCAAGACCAGAAUGCAUAAACGAUAUGAACAAGGAAUAUUACAUAAGACAAAGAAGAAUCAUCGGAGGGGAAGAUGCGGAUGUGAAUUCAUUUCGUUUUGUGGCUGAAAUUCUUUUUACUGGUAUACCAUUUUGCGCAGCAUUUAUCAUUACGGAUAAACAUGUUUUGACAGCCGCUCAUUGUUUCUACAAAGAAGGUACCAGAAUCACUUACAAAUUGAAUCGAAUGUUAUUGGUCAUUGGAGAUUACAAUGUUAUGAAACUUGACGAAGUUAAACAUCAUAUGCGAAUUAUAUACGAAGCUCACAUACAUCCAGAAUACGAUGAUGUCUCUGUCGAUAACGAUAUUGCUGUUUUGAAGUUUGAACCAGCUCUUUCUUUGGGUAAAAACUUAAAGGCCACGAUAUUACCUCCUCCAAAUACGGAACCUCCCGAAGGAUCGACGGUCGUUGCGUGGGGAUGGGGAGUAAAUGCAUUCGAAAAAGGCAACCGAUCAUAUAUUUUACAAAAAGUCGAUAUUCCUUACUUAGUGAAAGAAGUUUGCAAGAAAAUGAUUUCCCGUUUUACUGAUAAUAUGUUUUGUGCUGGAAGAAAAGGAAAAAUUACUUGCAGAGGAGAUUCGGGAUCAUCGCUUCUGCUUAAAGUUGACUAUUAUUACGUCUCCUUCGCCAUUACUUCACACGGAUUUAAUUGUGGUGAAAAGAUGCUACCCAGCAUUUAUACAGACGUCUCCAGAUACAUUAAUUGGAUUUACGAGCUGACUAAAGAGGCUGACUGCAAACCUGCAAUUCAUUCGAAGGAAAAUUAUCCGCAUCGAGAAAGUAAAGAAUCAAACCACGACGAACUCUUUAAAUAAAUAAAUAAAUAUAUUUUUAAAUACGUUUCAUUUCGUAAUUAGGAAAUUCAUUAAACGAAUAAGAAUUAAUAAUAAUAUUUUUAUAUGAAAUCAGAAAGUAACAAAAAAUAUAUUUUGCAUUUUAUUAUAUUUAAGUAAAAAAUAAUUCAUAAAUAAUUAUAAUUAGACAAUUAUAUUAUAUUUAAUAAGCGUUUCAUAUUUUGAACCGGAUUCGAGUGACGAUAAACUGAGAAAUCUUUUAUAAAUGGAUUCGUGGGUUUUGGAAGUUCUGGCAACACCAGAGAGAGAGAAGGGCGUGUAAAAUCGACGGCUUUGACUAUUUUAUAAGAGUGGAGAUCGCCCGGUCCAAGUGGGACCACGAAUAAAGCAUUCAGAGUAAGUGUC